AUGCUAGUGAAGAAAGUCGUCCUCAACUGCAGACCAGGGUCAAAUGGGGUGCCAGAUCCUGGAAAUUUCCGCCUGGAGGAGACAACGCUUGACCCUGAUUUGGGAGAGGAGGAAGUUCUGGUUAAGACUCAGUACCUAUCUGUUGAUCCAUACAUGAGAUGCAGGAUGAAUGAAGACAGCGGAGCGGAGUAUCUGACACCUUGGAAGCUGUCGGAAAGCGUGGACGGCGGCGGAGUCGGUGUCAUCUUGUCCAGCCGCCACAACGCCUUUCGAGAGGGGGACGUAGUCACAUCCUUCACUUGGCCCUGGCAGAGCCACGUUGUCGUGAAGGGGAGCAUCCUACAGAAGGUGAAUCCCGAACUGGUGGACGGCCAUGUUUCCUACUUUCUCGGAGCGGUGGGAAUGACGGGUCUUACGGCGCUACUGGGCAUGAGAGAAAAGGGUCAUGUGACCAAAGGAGCCAAUCAGACGCUGGUGGUCAGCGGCGCAGCUGGGGCCUGCGGUUCUGUGGCUGGACAAAUCGGCCGUUUGGACGGUUGUUCCAGGGUCGUCGGAAUAUGUGGUUCUGAAGACAAGUGCAAGACAUUGGUGGAAGUGUUAGGUUUUUCCGGAGCCAUUGACUACCGGCGACAGGACGUUGCCGCGGGGCUACGGGAGAACUGCCCUGAUGGAAUCGACAUCUACUUUGACAACGUGGGAGGAGAGGUCAGCGACACUGUCAUUGCGCAGAUGAACGAGGGCGGCCAUGUGAUCUUGUGCGGUCAAAUCUCGCAGUAUAACAAGGACGUCCCGUACCCGCCGCCCCUUAGCCAGGAAACACAAGACAACCUGCGCAAGAAAAACAUCACCAGAGAAAGGUUUAUGGUGCUCAACUAUAUGAGCCAAGCUCAAGAUGCCCUCUGUGAGCUCGGCCGCUUGGUCGCCUCUGGGCAAGUUAAGGUGCUAGAAACAAUCGAGAACGGCAUCGAAAAUAUGGGAGUUGCCUUCUGCUCUAUGAUGAAAGGGGGGAACCUGGGCAAACAAAUCGUCAAAAUCUCGCACUGA